GAAAUAUCGUAACCAUAAAAGUUCAUUUUGAUGAGUGAUAAAAGUGGAUGAUGAAAUGAAAUCAGUGCCACGAAGUAUCGCUAAGUACACGUAUUGAAAUUGUUUAGCUAUGUAUUCCUUUGUGGUAUUCACCCUAAUUUGGGCAUUUACAGAUAAAAAUGGAGUAAGGGGAACGGAAGAGGAAGAUUUCGAUUUCAGAAUAAUAGACGGUAAAUUAGCAGAUAUCCAGGAAUUUCCAUAUCAAGUAUCUAUUAUGCACAAUGGUUCACACCAUUGUGGAGGAAGCAUUUUAUCGCACUAUUACAUCCUAACUGCAGCCCACUGUACUGCCUACCUACCUGCAUACCAAUUUUCAGUCCGAGUGGGCUCGAGUGUUUUGGAUAAAGGUGGAAUGAUUCAUCAAGUCCAAGAAAUUUAUGGCCAUCCUAACUUCACUACUAAAUUCGAGUAUGACGUGGCCAUUAUGAAACUAGAAACUCCUUUGAAAUACAGUAAUAAGGUAUUACCAAUUCAAUUGGCCGAAGAUCAGCAAAGACUUCCACCAGCAGGGACUUUAGCAUUGGUGGCUGGUUGGGGAAGGAUAAUAUCUACGAAGGACGAGAUGUCCCCUCACCUCAUGUUCAUGGAGGUACCGCUUCUACCCUAUAAACUGUGCAAAGAAUUAUAUAGUCAUAAGUCAUUCAUCCUCGACGACAGAAUGUUCUGUGCUGGAAAAGUAGAAGGGGGUAUAGAUUCUUGCUUUGGAGAUAGUGGUGGAGCUCUGGUUAUAGAUGGAAUUCAAUAUGGAAUAGUGUCAUGGGGUAUUGGAUGUGCUCUGAAGAACAGACCUGGAGUUUAUGCAUCUGUACCGCGUUUGCGGAAAUACAUAUUAGAGCAAUCUGGAAUAUAGUUAUAAUUACAUCUAUGCAAGAAA